AAGACGUGCGGAACAGAGUUAAGUCGUGCAGAACCGCAAAGGUGCCUGGAUUUGGCGGGGGAGUAGUGUCAUCAAGCAUCUCGCCUGCUGGGGUCUGAGGGGUACCGCCAAGGUUGGGCCGCGGGGCUGCUCCGUUGUGGUGCUUGGAUUUCUCUCACUUGAUGGCCUCUUGAGUGCAGAGUUGCUCUUGGGUUGGUGGGAGGAGCCUCCGAGCUCUCAUUGCCGUCUGCUCCUGCUUCCACCCCUUGCCACUCUGUGACGAACCUGUUACCCAGCCACUGAAAAGUCACCGACUUAGUUCAGUUCCCUGUGAUCUCAAAACAAUUGUUGCAGCAGGCUCCUGGCAGUCUUAAGCAGUUCAUCUUCUUGGUGUACUGGUUUCCUAUUGUGAUUUUAUCAUGGAAAAUCAAUUGGCUAAAUCAACUGAAGAACGAACAUUUCAGUACCAGGAUUCUCUUCCAUCACUGCCUGUUCCUUCACUUGAAGAAUCAUUAAAAAAAUACCUUGAAUCAGUGAAACCAUUUGCAAAUCAAGAAGAAUAUAAGAAAACUGAAGAAGUAGUUCAAAAAUUUCAAAGUGGGAUUGGAGAAAAAUUGCACCAGAAAUUGCUUGAAAGAGCAAAAGGAAAAAGAAAUUGGCUGGAAGAGUGGUGGCUGAAUGUUGCCUAUCUGGAUGUCCGUAUACCAUCACAAUUGAAUGUCAACUUUGCGGGUCCUGCAGCUCAUUUUGAACACUACUGGCCUCCAAAGGAAGGGACUCAAUUAGAGAGAGGAAGUAUAAUUCUUUGGCAUAACUUGAACUACUGGCAGCUAUUAAGAAAAGAAAAACUGCCUGUUCAUAAAGUUGGAAAUACUCCUCUAGAUAUGAAUCAAUUCCGAAUGCUAUUUUCUACCUGCAAGGUUCCAGGAAUUACUAGAGACUCAAUUAUGAAUUAUUUUAGGACCGAGAGUGAAGGGCGUUCCCCAAACCACAUUGUAGUGCUGUGUCGAGGCCGAGCUUUUGUCUUUGAUGUAAUACAUGAAGGAUGUUUGGUCACCCCGCCAGAGCUUCUCAGACAACUGACAUAUAUCCACAAGAAGUGCCAUAGUGAACCUGAUGGACCUGGGAUUGCAGCAUUGACUAGUGAGGAGCGAACUCGAUGGGCUAAGGCACGGGAAUAUCUGAUUGGUCUUGAUCCAGAGAACUUGGCUUUAUUAGAAAAAAUUCAGAGUAGUUUACUGGUAUAUUCCAUGGAGGAUAGCAGUCCACAUGUAACACCAGAGGAUUAUUCUGAGAUUAUUGCAGCCAUCCUUAUUGGAGAUCCAACAGUACGCUGGGGUGACAAAUCCUAUAACUUGAUUUCCUUUUCUAAUGGAGUAUUUGGCUGUAAUUGUGAUCAUGCUCCUUUUGAUGCAAUGAUUAUGGUGAACAUCAGUUAUUAUGUGGAUGAGAAAAUUUUUCAGAAUGAAGGAAGAUGGAAGGGUUCAGAGAAGGUACGAGAUAUACCACUUCCAGAAGAGCUCAUUUUCACUGUGGAUGAGAAAAUUUUAAAUGACAUCAACCAAGCUAAAGCCCAGUAUCUCAGAGAGGCAUCUGAUCUACAGAUUGCGGCUUAUGCCUUUACAUCUUUUGGCAAAAAGCUAACCAAGAACAAGAUGCUUCACCCGGAUACAUUUAUUCAGCUUGCACUUCAGCUGGCCUAUUACAGACUUCAUGGACACCCUGGUUGUUGCUAUGAAACAGCUAUGACAAGAUAUUUUUAUCAUGGCCGUACAGAGACUGUGCGAUCAUGCACAGUUGAAGCAGUCAGGUGGUGCCAGUCCAUGCAGGAUCCUUCUGUCAGUCUUCAUGAGCGGCAGCAAAAGAUGUUACAAGCUUUUGCAAAGCAUAAUAAAAUGAUGAAAGAUUGUUCAGCUGGAAAAGGAUUUGAUCGUCACCUUUUAGGUCUCUUACUCAUAGCAAAAGAGGAAGGUCUUCCUGUUCCAGAACUCUUUACGGACCCGCUUUUUUCCAAAAGCGGAGGAGGUGGAAAUUUUGUUCUCUCAACAAGUCUGGUUGGCUAUUUACGAGUCCAGGGAGUGGUAGUUCCCAUGGUACACAACGGUUAUGGAUUUUUCUACCAUAUCAGAGAUGACAGGUUUGUUGUGGCCUGUUCAGCCUGGAAAUCCUGUCCCGAGACUGAUGCGGAAAGGCUAGUUCAGCUGACUUUUUGUGCUUUUCAUGAUAUGAUACAGCUGAUGAACUCUACUCAUCUUUAGAGAUGAAUCAUCUAUUAAGCACUUACCAAAACAUAUCAUUAAACUGAGUGCUGGGAAUGAGUUGGUAAUAUGAGAUGGGAAGGAAUGUUGACUUGCUAACAUUCCUUUAACAAGUUAAGAAAACUUGUUAAAUGUAGAAAUUAGUAGAAUCAUGCUCUCUAAAUUUAUUCUGCCAUAGAAGGUAGAAAUAUUUUUAAGCUCCUCUGAUGCAGCAGCAAUGCAAAUUAUGACAUAGUGAAUAUAGAACUAUGCAGUAUUUAAGCCUCAACAAUCCAAAUCUACAAAUUUUAACAAUGCAAGUCUUACUCUAAUUUUUAAGUAUUUUUGUUGAUACUUACAUGGGUUAUAAAUCCUCUCUCUGGACAUCAAUGUAGAGUCCAUCUUUCAAGCACUUUAAUUUUUUUAGCUGCCAAAGGGUAUGAAUUACAUUAUUGUAUGCUAAUUUCCCUGAAAUUAAUGCCUUCUAUGUUCACCACAGGGAUACAAGCCUGUUAUGUUUGAUGGGAAAGACCACUACAAUUUAAUGGUGAUCUAAAAUAACUUUUUUGGGCUGGGUGCAGUGGCUCAUGCCUAUAAUCUUAGCACUUUGGGAGGCCAAGGUAGGAGGACUGCUUGAAGCUAGGAGUUUGAGACCAGCCUGGGCAACAGGGUAAGGUCCUGUCUCUACAAGAUCAAAAAAUUAGCUGGGUAUGGUGGUGCAUGUGUGCCUGUAGUCCAAGCUACUUUGAAGGCUGAGACAAGAGGAUCGGUUGAGCCCAGGAGGUUGUGGCUGCAGUGAGCUGUGAUGGUGCCCUUAUGCUAUAGCCUGGGCAAGAGAGUGAGACCCUGUCUCAAAAAAAAAAAAAUAACUCUUUUGAAGAAACAGACAAAUUAGGUAGUAGUAUGGCAUGUAUACCCUCUAUCACACACACAUAAAACCAUAACAAAAUUCAUUGUGGUGUAUUAUAGUUUUGUGAAUAGAAAAAUAAAGCACUUAUAUUUAAAUUUGUUACAGUGAUUUUUAAAGGAUUAAUGUUGAAUCAGAUUAUCAGAAUUUUCUCCUUCUCGCUGUUCAGUUUUGUAGUUUUUACUCUCAAAAAAUGAAAUUCUCAAAAUUCUAUAGCUUUUUGUUUUAUGUUUCAAUAAAUGAUUCAUUCCUGUUU